AGGCCACAGCUUCUUUUCUGUGUUAUACACCCCCUUUCCUCGCUCCGUCCACUCACAGUCUCACGGCGGCCGGCGCAUCUCUCUUCUCUUCCCUCUUGCCUCUCACUCUCUCAGCUUGCCUCUAUUCGGUUUCGAUUCUUUGUAUUUCAUCCCAAUCGUCCAGUCGUUGCAGCGGUCUUCCUGCUUCAGGCUUUCAGCCGUUCAAUAUGGGCUCUUCAAAUUUAUCAGACGGCUCUUUAUUUGUUUCCAUGGGUUUCUUCAUUACCUGGCACUUCCAAUUAUAUUGGCUUUGGCUUGGUUUCAAGUUUAUGGUUGAGCUAGAGUACAACGGAAUGCUUUGUGCACCACGAUUUCUCUGUAUAAUAACAUUCGUAAGAUACCUAUCUGCCAAAAUUUUAUCUUGUUCAUCAAAAUCAGAUUGGCUCGCAGAUCAUUAGACUGAGACGUGUGUGCUUCUAAAGCAUAUGCGUCCAAGUCGAUGUAUUUGAUCAAGAUGUAGGAAUGUAUGAUAUGACAAUGCAGCUCAAUUCGUCUAGCAAAAAUGCCAAUGUCCAUCUGCCACAAAACACUUCAAAGUGCCAGAUAACAGGUAUGGCUUCACAUGGGUUCUUAACGGUAGAACAAAUAUUCAACCUUGCGAAGAUGCAACUCAAUUCGUCUUACGUCUCAAAUGCCAAUGUCCGCCUGCCACAAAACACUUUCAAAGUGCCAGAUAACAGGUAUGGCUUCACAUAGGUUCUUAAUUGUAGAACAACUAUUCAACUUUGCGAAGAUGCAAAUGAAGUUGAAGGUUUUGAGGAUAGAAGGGUCUCGAGAUUUAGUGAGCUAUAUCAACACAUGAAAACUGGCCAGGAAAUAUGUAAGCAACAUUACCUAUAUACUCAAAGAUCACUCACUCACACUGAACACAUUGAAAUAUUUAUUACAAGGUUAAAAAUCCUUACUUGACAUGUUAUAAAAAAUAGUAUAUGCAAGUUUAUUUAUAUGAGUGCUUGAAAGUGCGAUUAACUUUAAGAACAAGAUUAAUGAUAGGUCAUACUCACUCUUCAUCAACGACAAUAAAAUCUUUAAUUGAAUGGUCACCUCUUGAAGUCUUUUGAGUUUCUUUUGGAAGUUUAUCAAUCACAACAACGACUAAAGGCCAGUACAACUACACUUUGACACUUUGGGAUAAACUGGCACUAACUAGUGGAUUCGAAAUCUUUGACGAACUAAAGGAAAAAAGGAAUAUCUUUAACCUCAAAGUCUCAUUCAACCAUCACUCUCAAUUCUGAUGUACCUCGGGUUGCAGAAUUGAAGCAAUGGGUUAUUGACAACAAAUUCACCCUUGAUGCCGUAAAGGUUGGUCGAGAGUACUUGAAUGUUGCAGUCCAUCUUGCCAAUCCUGAUGAAACACUUACUACAAUAGCUAAAGUCCUUACUAUCAUUCCUCAAGUAUGUUACUAAUAAAUCAUUCUUUCAUUCCAAUGCCUGCCUCACAUGUUUUUUUAAAAUAACCAUUUAUACUGUAAAAAACAUUGACAAGAUAUGAGAUAACUCACAAAAAAAUAUUUAUACCAAAAUAUAAAUUACUUUUAAUCCUUUACAAGUUUGCGUGAUUUACGCAUUCUACUUUGUGUAAACCAUAAACACUAACAGGCAACCCCUAUUUGGAUCAAAGGGACAAUCACUUUGGUUUUAGAAACAACAGCCUCUGGUAUGUUGCUUGUAGCCAUUGUUCAAAAAAAAAAUCGCAGCUUGUGAUGCAUUAUUUCACCGCAUGAAAUGCGAUCAAAAUAAUGCUUAUGGCGUCCCAAGGUCUAUAUGAUGUCUUCGCCACAAGAAAAUGCAGAGAUUAUUGAAGCAAUUUCAAGUGGUGCUAAUCAUGAUAUGGAAUCUGGUUCACAAAUACCAACUGAUUCAAGUCAACAAGAAGUCAACAAUGACCAAACAAAUGAGGGUAAUCAAGGCAGUUCUAUUAUUCACAUUCACAGGAAAAGGAAGAAGACAUCAGAUGUUUGGGAUGACUUUGAACUUAUCGAGAUUAGCAAAGGAGUGGCAAGUUUGCCUACUCUGGGAAGGGAGCUAGCACAUGCCACUUGAAGAGACACAAGGAUAUUUGCUUGAAAAUGAGUUUAUACUUAGCCAAACAAAAGAAGCAAUGCAUCAUUCCAUUUCAGUUCUCUGCUACAGCAGUCAAUCCAUUUUUGACACUAGGCAUUAGAUAUUCAAAUGAGAAGAUGAGAGAAAUCAUUGCGACAACAAUCAUGGUACAUGAGCACCCUUUUAACAUUGUUGAGGAUGAAGUUUGGAUGUGGGACUUCCAAUUUGCGAAUCCUGAAUUUUGCAAGGUAUGUCGCAAAACGGCUAGAAGUGAUUGUAUUAAAAUUUAUGAAGCAGAGAAGAAAGUCUUAAAAACUUUGUUAACAUCUCUGAGCAAGAUUUCCUUGACUACUGAUAUGUGGAGAUCAACUCAUCAAGUAGCUGAGUAAAUUGAACAUUUUAUUGAUGCUGGGUGGAAUCUUCAAAAGAGGGUUUUGAGUUUUGUUAAAGUUCCUGCUCCUCGGCGUGGUGUGGAUGUGGCAGAUGCUAUAUUCAAAUGUCUUAAAGUUUCGGGGAUUGAAGAAAAGGUAUUUUCUGCAUCAAUUGAUAAUGCUAAGUACAACGAUUCUUGCGUGAAGAACCUUAAGGAUGACUUAUUGCUCGAUAAUAAGUUAGUCCUUAACGGUAAGUUGUUUCAUGUAAGAUGUUGCCCUCAUAUUCUAAAUUCUAAAUUUACUGGUCCAAGUUGGACUCGGUAAGAUAAGAGAUACCAUUCAUAAUAUUCGAGAAUAUUUGAGAGAGUGUGAAGUAUAUUAAUUACAAUGAUUCAAGAUUGAAAUCAUUUUUUGAUAUUGUGUUGCAAAACCAUUUGAAAGAAAGAAUGAUCAUCCUUGAUUGCCCGACAAGGUGGAAUUCAACUUUUAAGAUGUUAGCCUGUGCUUUAAGAUUCAAGAUUGUGUUCCCUGCUUACAAGGAAAGAGAACCACAUUAUAAUAAUGAUCCAUCUCUCGAGGAAUGGCGUAAGGUUUAGAAGUGAUUAUCCAACUGCCAAUUUGUACUUACCUGAGGUUUGGAGGGUUAAACACAUUCAUGAGGCAGAAGAUGCAGACGUAUUCAUGAGAGAAACGACAACUGCAAUGAAAGAAAAAUUUGAUAAAUAUUGUGGAGAAUGCAAUCUAUUGAUGUCCAUUUCAAGUGUCUUGGAUCCCAGGUGCAAGUUUCAUGUUGUCAAUUACUCUCUCCGUCCCAUAAAAUAGUUCCCGCAUUGACUUGGAUCGGAGUUUAAGAAAGUUAGAAUAAAGUGGAAAUGUAUGGUUGUGGUUAAGUAAGAAAAAGGUAAAUGAAUAUGAGCCACAUAAAACUUUCCAAAAGGGGAAAUGUGAACUAUUUUUUGGGACAGCCCAAAAAGGAAAUCGAGAACUAUUUUGCGGGACGAAGGGAGUAUUGUUUUCCUUUGAUUUAUAAAACUGAAACUGUGGCUAAAAAGAACAUGGAAAUGGUUAUGACUCAUUGGAGUCUCUUUACAAAGAAUAUGUUGAAUUAAGCAACCAAGAUGAGAUUGCUAAUGGUGAAACUGAGACUAGUGUCAACAUAUCUUCAUCCAAUGUGCAAUGUUCUGGAUCAGGCACUGGCUUUGAGCAAAUUAUGCGCACUGUUCGCGAAAAGCAAGCAAUACCACCGACGAAAUCUGAGCUCGAAGUGUAUCUUAAGGGCAAUCUAUUUAACCAUGAUACUCAUUCUAACUCUUUUUGUGCUAUGGAGUGGUGGGAAAAUAAUAGUAUGAAGUAUAAGGUUUUGUCAAAGAUGGUUGCGGAUAUUCUAGUUAUUCCAAUCACGACAGUUGCAUCAGAGACUACAUUUAAUGCAGGAGGAAGAGUAAUUGAUGAAUAUCUUUCAAGGCUAAUAUUUGAAUUUGAAUUGUUGAUGAUUUUGGAAACUAAUAUUUGUGUUAUUAUUUGCGGUUUGUAUUUUUGAUUAAUUUUUAGUGGGGAUUGGCUUCACAAAAAGUAUAAUUUGAGAAGAUAUCCUCAAUGGGGAUUGGGGAAGUAGAAAAGUGGAGGAUAGUGGAGGAUAAUUUGAUAGAGUUUAUAUCAUCUUUAUUACUCCGUAUAAAAUUGGAGUAGCUUUUAUUUUUGGAGGAAAAGACUUGCAUUUUAAAUUGGAAGACAGCUACAUUGACCAAAGUCUAAAGCUUUGUUUACCAAAAAGAGUCUAAAGGCUUUUGCGUACGACUAUUUGGCAAUACAUCGCACCAAAUACAUUACUACUUUUUAUAUGAAAUGCUUUUCCGGUUU